GGUGUUUCACUGCGCGGCAGCUUGUGCUAGUGUACACGGGGCCUACCUAUCUACAACAGUCAAUAUUACUACUGUAGAGUACUUCUACUACUAUUAUGCCUACUUCUACCCAAUGUUGGGAUUAGUUAUUUGGAAAAGUAAUUACCUUCAAUGACCUGGUUUAAUGACAGAACUGUUUUUGGGAAAGUCAGAUGAGGUGAUUAGUUAUUUGGAAAAGUAAUUAGUUAUUUGAAAAAGUAAUUACCUUCAAUGACCUGGAUUAAUGACAGAACUGUUUUUGGGAAAGUCAGAUGAGGUGAUUGAUGAUUUACCCGGGUUAAUACUUAGUCAGAGGGUGGAACAAAAAACCCAUGGGCAAAUAGUUGUCAUUUCGCCAUUUUAUUCUUCCUCUUUUUGAGACGGACAUAAAUAAGCCCUCUGACCUAUCUAGCAGAGAAGCAGGCACAAUGCGCAAGCUCACUUUACUUGCAGGUCUGUGCUUCGCCCUGUGCCACUUGGGCUCGACCUCCCAACUGGUCUGCUACUUUACCAACUGGUCCCAGUACAGACCUGGAACCGGGAAGUUCCUGCCGGCUAAUGUUGACCCUCACCUGUGUACUCACCUGAUCUACGCCUUCUCCAUUAUCAACCCUGCCAAUGAGCUUGCCACCUAUGAGUGGAAUGAUGAGACCCUCUACAGUUCCUUCAAUGGACUUAAAGACAGAAAUCCUAAGCUCAAAACACUUUUGGCUGUCGGUGGAUGGAAGUUUGGCACACAACAGUUCAGUAUCAUGGUUUCAUCACCUAACAAUCGGCUGAAGUUCAUCCAGUCUUCGAUCAGUUUCCUUCGGAGGCAUGGUUUUGACGGGCUGGACCUGGACUGGGAGUACCCUGGAGCACGGGGAAGCCCUCCAGAGGACAAGCACAGAUUCACACUGUUGUGCAAGGAGCUCCUGGAGGCCUUUGAGGCUGAGGGCACGGCAGUCAGCCGCCCCAGGCUGCUGCUUACUGCUGCUGUGGCUGCUGGGAAAGGGAACAUUGAUUCUGGCUAUGAAAUUGCAGAAAUUGCUAAAUACCUGGACUUCAUUAGCGUGAUGACCUAUGACUUCCAUGGAUCCUGGGAGACCUUCACAGGACACAACAGCCCUCUCUACAAGGGAUCCCAUGACACAGGAGACCAUAUCUACUUCAACACAGAUUUUGCCAUGAAAUACUGGCGAGAUCAGGGAGCCCCUGUUGAGAAGCUGAUGAUGGGCUUUGCUACGUAUGGACGUUCGUUCCAGCUCGCCUCUGUAGAUAGUGGGGUCGGAGCGUCAGCCAACGGUGCUGCUGCAGCCGGACCUUUCACCAGGGAGCCUGGUUUCUGGUCUUAUUAUGAGAUCUGUACUUUCCUCCAAGGAGCCAGUGUCCAGUGGAUUGAGGAUCAAAAGGUUCCCUAUGCCUCUAAAGGAAAUCAAUGGGUGGGAUUUGACAAUAGGGAGAGCUAUGACACAAAGGUCGGCUACCUAAAGGAAAAUGGCUUUGGAGGGGCCAUGGUUUGGAAUCUGGAUUUGGAUGACUUUACUGGACAGUCAUGUGGACAGGGCAGCUAUUCCCUGAUCAGCCAUCUUCAAAAACUCCUCAACAUUGUACCUCCCCUGCCACCUACACACACCCCACCCACAGUCAAGGCCACCACCACUACCCUUGUGCCCGGUGGUAGUUUCUGUGCAGGCAGGGCUGGUGGGCUGUAUGUCAAAGCAGAUUCCCCGAGCUCUUUCUAUAACUGUGCUAACGGCAUCACCUGGAUCCAGAGCUGCUCCGCUGGCCUAGUCUUCAGUGACAGCUGCAAAUGCUGCAACUGGCCCUAGGACUGUUAUUUGACCUAUGGGAGAGUUGGACUCCAUGAAAUGAUGACCUCGGCUCGUCCUAGAUAUUUGGUCACAUGAUUAAUUCUGUGUAUGGAGUUCUAACUUGAAAUAUACUUAUUCCUGUAACUAUAUAAGGCCUUAUCGAUUAUGUCACGUGGAUAAUGAAUGUAUAUGUUAUUGAUAACUGAAGGGUGAAGAAGAGCUUUGUUUAUGGAAAGUUACUGUGAGCGAAAAGGGGAACAGAGACUAUAACCAAAGUCUGUCCACUAAUGUGAACAGAAGGUCACUUGUAAACAUCAUGGAGUAGUGAUCGGAUAAAGAGCAACAGCGCAACAUUUAGGCAGUAUUGGACAACAGAUAGCAGUUUGGAGAAGUUACACCCCUCAUCUCAUUUUGACAUAUAACUGCCUGUUUGAUCAUGUGCAAAGUGUGCUUGCAGCUGAAGCACCCAGUGGGUUGAACAAACAUGGUUUGAGCUUUUUCUAGUCGUCCGUUUGAGUUUAUACUCUGUUCAGAACCUAACGAUGGUUUCCUAGAAACACGGGGUGGCUCAAUUUAGCCCACUCUCCUCUAUGUACAGCACUGAGGGGCAAUUUUCACAUUUUUAUGAAUGAAACUAUAUUCAGUGUAUCUUCCAAACACACAUGCUAUGUUGAUUAUACAAAGUAAAUAUCCUGUUAUAAUUUUUUAUUUACUGGCUUUGUGUCAUCUUACGAGCUAGGUUUCCAUCCUAUUUGCAACAGAUUUUCAUGCAAAUAUAAUUCAUGCAAAUAUUCAUGCAAAUAUAAUUCAUGCAAAUAUUCAUGCAAAUAUACUCUGAAUAAAACAGUUUGCCCAUCCUUCCACCAGA